UUAAUCUAUAUACAGCAUGUGGACGCGCGCUCGUGCGCGUGCAGGGUGCGUGGGGUAACCAGACUCCAGACACGAAGCCAUAACCGAAUCAGCCGGUGGGAGAGCGAAUACGACGAGAGUUGCCGCCGGAGUCGUAGUCGGAAGGUCUCCAGACGGGAAGCUUUCGCCGGCGGCUUCGCGAAGUUGGGGAACCUCAGGACCUCUGAUUCGAAUCGCGAUAGAUCUCUGAUUUCCUCCGCUCACAAUCCCCACGGUCUCUCCGCUCUCACCGCUUCCACAAUUCUACUCCGUUCCCACGGCCUAUUGAGAUUUUGAUGAGUGUGAUUAAUAUGUACAAUACUCCCUCCCUUUGUGCGGUCAAACCUAAUACUGGGAUUCACUUAACUGAACCUCAAGCACCCAGUUGUUCAUUUGUGGGAAGGCACGAGGGGGUUACAUGUAUGACCUCGGCAAUGCCUGUGAAGAACGCCUGACUGGAGACUCAUUCAUUUGACCUCAUCUCAAGAAUUUGUCACCUUAUCAGCCCAUUUUGCCUUUUGAGGUUUUGUCAUCGCGUCUUGGUAGGAAGCCUGAAGAUAUUAUCAAGCUAGAUGCAAAUGAAAACCCUUACGGGUCCACCCCUAGAGGUCUUCGAAGCUUUGGGGUCAUUGAAAUUCCCAUAUGUUUAUUCUGAUCCUGAAAGCUGCCGUUUACAUGCUGCACUUGCAAAAGAUUUGGGCAUUGAGUCUGAUUAUAUUAUUGCAGGAUGUGGUGCAGAUGAGCUCAUUGAUUUGAUUAUGAGAUGUGUACUGGAUCCUGGAGACAAGGUUGUGGACUGCCCGCCAAUUUUCACAAUGUAUGAAUUUGAUGCUGCUGUUAAUGGGGCACUUGUUCUCAAAGUACCGAGGAAUUCAGACUUCAGCCUGAAUGUAGAACUCACUGCUGAUGUUGUUCAGAAGGAGAAACCAAAAUGCAUAUUCCUAACUUCUCCUAACAAUCCAGAUGGUAGUAUAAUCAAUGAUGAAAUUCUUUUGAAGAUCCUUGACUUGCCUAUUUUGGUUGUGCUGGAUGAAGCAUACAUUGAGUUUUCGGGAAUCAAGUCUAGGAUGGGAUGGGUGAAGAAGUUUGAGAAUUUAAUUGUCCUGAGGACAUUUAGUAAAAGAGCUGGAUUAGCUGGACUCCGUGUGGGAUAUGGAGCAUUUCCUUUGUGCAUUAUAGGGUAUCUUUGGAGGGCAAAGCAACCAUAUAAUGUUUCUGUAGCUGCUGAAGUUUCUGCAUGUGUGGCAUUGCUGAAUCCUACCUAUUUAGAGAAGGUGAAAGAAGCUUUGGUACAAGAGCGGGAUAGGCUUUAUAAGCUUCUGAAAGAAGUGCCAUUUCUCAACCCAUUUCCAAGCUAUUCUAAUUUCAUUCUUUGUGAGGUUAUGUCUGGAAUGGAUGCUAAGAAGCUAAAGGAUGAUCUUGCGAAAAUGGGCGUGAUGAUCCGUUACUACAAUAACAAAGAACUGAAGGGUUAUGUUCGCGUCUCCAUCGGGAAGCCUCAAUUCCCUUUCUUGACUGAUUUCUGGUGUUAAAACUUCCUAAAGGUCAUUCAAUUGCUUUGAUGUGAAUGAUCCUGAGGAUGCCUUAUAUAUAUUAUAUGAAAACUACGGACAAUCAAACCUAUUUCUUGAUGCAAUAGAAGCCAAAAGGAGUAAAUAGGGUCCCAAAUAACAAAAGACGUGUAAAAAGUAGGUCCGAUUAUGCCUAUUCCUAAUCCUAAAUGAAAUGUAACAACAUGGGGAUUCUUAUGUAAAUAUAGUAUCUUUUAAGAAGAAUGGUUCCUUCAACCAUUUACAGAUUUAGGCCCCACAACUCUUUGACUGGGAAAAUAUUGAAGCCUAGUGAUUGUUUUGAUUCUUUUGAAA